UUUAUCAUUUCAGGAGCCUUCAUAAUAAAAGCAACAAAGCAUCCAACUCGAUACUUGAUUGUAUGUGCUUUGAUCAUGAACAUCUUCUGCAUGAUUUCUACAGUUACUUCAAUAGGUCUAACAAUAGCUGAGUUGUCUGUUUUUAAUACUGUGUCAUAUAGGAAUUAUGGACAAGCAAAACUUGGGAGGGAAGUUUCACGUAUUUUACUGGUCUUCUACCCCUUGGAAUUUGCUGUUGCACUUACAUACUCUAUCAACUGCUGUUUGCUUUUGGUAAGUGUAAUUUACUCUCUGACAAAUCAAGAGAUGUUGAUUUCUUGUAAGCAUACUCUAUGA